AUGAGGCUGGGGGCGGCCCCGACGGCAGUUGCCCCAGCGGAGCUGAGCCGCAAACCCAGGUUUGGGCCAGAAAAAUUGCCUCAGGGCUCCCCGGGAGUCACUCGUGUCUCGCCCCCGGGUCCGAGUGGGGAGAAGAUGCUGCGGUUCUUGCGGCGCCUCGGCGAAGCAGCGAGCAUCCUCCCUGCGCCCCGGCGGCUUCGCAGCAUCCCAGAGGGAGCGCCCAGCCGGGCUCCGCUAAAGCGCGAGCAGAAAAGCAUGGAGGAGGAGGUUUUUCCAAGCACAAUAUUCGUGACGAAGCAUCAAGAGAUCUCAGCACGUGCCAACGCGCUGACGCCUUCCCCAGCCCUGCGUGGGCACCCCCCCGCGCACGGGGAAGGCCUGCUCCGUUACAAGCACCCCUCGGACGAGGAGCUCUGCGUGCUGGCGGGCAAGCAGCGCCCCAAGGCCAAGCGGGACAGGAGGAUGAACGGCGUGACGGAUGACAAACCCCUCUCCGUGCCCCGCGACAUCGACCUCCGCCUGGACACCAGCCCCAUCACCGCCGUGGAUGCUCUCGUGCUGCGUUAUUUCCUGGACUACCAGUGGUUCGUGGAUUUUGCCGUCUACUCCACCGCCGUGUAUGUCUUCACCGAGGGCUACUACUGCCUGGCGGACCCCCAGAAGGAGACGAACAUCGGGGUGCUCUGGUGCCUGCUGACAGUCGUCUUCUCCGUCAUGUCAGACUCUGCCUACAACACCGCGCGCCUCUGGACCAUCGUCGGCCUCUGCCUGUUGCGCCUGGUCGUCACCCGCCACCACCUCCAGGCGUACCUGGGUCUGGCCGAGCGCUGGGUGGAGCAGAUGAGGAAGGAAGCCGGGCGCAUCGCCGUGCAGGAGAUCCAGGUCAUUGCAGUUGGCAUGAACCUAAUGCAUGCAGCGAGCGUGCUGGGACUCAGCCACCAGCCCGUCUGUAGCACGGGGAUGGGGCUGCGGCGCGGGGACCCACCCCCGUGGACCUGUCCCCUCUGUCACGCAGGGCACCACUCGUGGGGGCUGUACCCGGAGCCCUCUCACCUCCCUCCGGCAGCGACGGCGGCACCGCCACGUCGCGGCGCUGAGGAUGGGGAGGACGUGCGUGCCGCGGUGGAGCAGAUCACAGGUGUCUUGGGCGGCAUCUUCACCCCCCUCUUCUUCCGCGGACUCUUCGCCUUCCUCACCUGGUGGGUGGCCGCCUGCCAGGUCGUCACCAGCCUCUUCGGCCUCUACUUCCACCAGUAUCUGGCAGCCUCCUGA